UCUCUAUUAUCUCUCUGUAUCUGCCGUCCUGUUGUCAAUCAAUCGGAGAGCUCUCAGUAAGGCAUAAUUCAACCGGAUAUCCCACAAUUGGAUCCAUCCACAUCCACCACAAGCCCACCACAAACCAAGCUGAGAAGCUGGGCUGGGUAAACUGACCUGUUCCGUUCCGUUCGAUCGAUCUGCAGAGAGUGUUUCCUCAUCUUUGGGUCCAUUCUACCGCAACCACCACCACUCCUACACACUACCUACCUACCUAUCUCAUCCCCUCCCCGCUUCUCUUGCAAUUCUCUCCCCCUCUCUUCCUGUCGUCACACUAUUACUACCCUAUGCCUUCACUGGGGUUUCUCAAGAAAAAGCGGACCAGAGAGGGCUACUCUGACCCUUCUGCCUCAAGUCCAACUAGUCCAGUUACUCCUACCACUUCCAGGUCCAAGUCCAUCUCUAAAGCUUUUCACCUGCCUCGAACAAGCAGGCAAUCCACCUCAGCCCCAAGUGCUCAACCAACCAACGGCCAGAACCAGCAACAACAGCAGCAGCCCGACCGGAUUCAGGAAGGUGCCGUGUCUCAAUCGAAUCAAUCCUCUGCGCCGAAUGAGCAGACGACAGGAGCUACCGACGGACAGCAACAAGAAGAUAUGAGCGCAAUUAACCUCCAUCAACCCUCAUACGGUGCGGGCAGUCCUAUGAAUCACGAUCAUCAGAACCUACCUAGCAUCAACAACCUCAUCAACCCGCCCCAGCAACAGCAGCAGCACAAUGCCCAGGGCAAUUCCUACAACAACGGCCAGACCAACCCGCAGUACCUAGCCGCCACGAUAGAUAGCCAUCGACCGCAGACCGUCAGUCCCGGAACCGAUCCCGCAGCCCUCCAACAGCAGCAGCAACAGGCUCUGCCACAGCCGAGUAUGCCUCCGCAACAGCAACAGUCGCAGGCGCAGCAACAACACCAGCAGCCAUCUCAGCAGUUCCAACAACAGCAGAACCAGAGCCAGAAUCAAGCGCAACAGCACCAGCAGUACCAACACCAGCCGCACCACCAACAGAACGCUAGCACUGGUUCAGUCAUGCGCGUAACAAAGGGAAAAUACUCGUUGGGUGACUUCGAUAUCUUGAGGACGCUUGGAACUGGUAGCUUCGGCCGAGUACAUUUAGUCCAAUCGAAGCACAAUCAGCGUUUCUAUGCGGUCAAGGUGCUCAAGAAGGCCCAGGUGGUCAAAAUGAAGCAAGUCGAACAUACCAAUGACGAACGUCGCAUGCUAGCUGACGUCAAGCACCCUUUCCUCAUUACCCUCUGGGGCACGUUCCAGGACCCGAAGAACCUCUACAUGGUGAUGGAUUUCGUUGAAGGUGGAGAGCUGUUUUCACUUCUGAGGAAGUCGGGACGUUUCCCUAACCCCGUUGCCAAAUUCUACGCCGCGGAGGUCACUUUAGCUUUGGAAUACCUCCAUUCAAAGAACAUUAUAUACCGUGAUCUCAAGCCAGAAAAUUUGCUACUCGAUCGACAUGGCCAUCUUAAGAUCACAGAUUUCGGUUUCGCGAAGCGCGUGCCUGACAAGACAUGGACUCUGUGUGGUACACCGGAUUAUCUAGCUCCUGAAGUGGUCUCUAACAAAGGCUACAACAAAUCCGUGGAUUGGUGGUCCUUGGGUAUCCUGAUAUACGAAAUGCUUUGCGGUUACACCCCCUUCUGGGAUAGCGGAUCUCCCAUGAAGAUAUACGAAAACAUUCUCAAGGGCAAAGUUAAAUAUCCGGCAUACGUCAACGCGGACGCUCAAAAUCUUCUUGAGCGUCUGAUCACAGCCGACCUCACAAAGCGAUUAGGUAACCUCUACGGAGGCCCAGAUGACGUGAAGACCCAUCCUUGGUUCGCUGAAGUCACCUGGGAUCGAUUAGCCAGGAAGGACAUUGACGCACCUUACACGCCACCAGUCAAGGCGGGUGCCGGAGACGCGAGUCAAUUCGAUCGUUACCCUGAGGAUCCCGAGAAGUACGGGGUGGUUACGGCACCAGAUGAAUACGGUCACAUGUUUACGGAGUUUUAAGAAAGUGCUUGAGAGCGAGUAAUGGAUGCACUUGUAUGAUUAGGUUGGAAACAAACCUCUCUUGGUGCAGUCAACUUUGGGUGGGCGUUCAUGCUGUGCGCUUUACUCUUGGAUAUGAGAUGCUGGAACUGUGUUAUUUGUCGUUGGUUCAUGUUUCACGUAAUUGCAGGAAUGGGAUGAUGAAAAAGAAGGCCGCCGGGAAUCUCUGGUUGGAGAGUUGGUCGGCUGUUGGUUGACGAGCUCAGGUUGGAAAGCCAGGUGAACAUAUCCUAUGCAAGUAGCCCAGGCCACAGAAUAGCCUUGAACGAAUAUCCGUACUACGGCAUCCUCAUA